AUGAAUAGUAGAAGUACAAAUAUGAAUAGUAUUACUACUUCUACUAUUACUUCUACAUCUACUACUACAACUACAUUUCUAACAAUAUUUAGAAUCAAUCUGAUAAGAUAUAGGAUAUUUCAAUGUUUUGAAACAUUACCAUUUGGUAACACGAGAGAACAUAGGUAUAGAAAAGGAAGCGAUUUCAUUGAAAGAGCAGCAUUUAAACGGUAUGCACUUCCAUGGGACUUUGUCAAACAUUAUUUAGAUACACUGUUAUCAAGAGCAACUGCUGACAGUUACCUAAUGACCUAUUGUGCACACAAGAAUGCGACAGUGUCAACACUCUUACAUCUCUUGGACUGGAUACAACCAUACCUCGAACAGUUACCAUCAACUGACAUGAUGGAAUGUAAAAUGAUAGAUGCAGCAGCUAAGGGUGGCCAGAAACAGCAUCUUGAUAUAGUCAAAAUGCUUCACAAUCGAUACACUCAUCUACCUUUUAUUUGCACAACCGAUGCUAUCGCCAAUGCAUCAUUAAACGGUGAUAUUGAAAUGGUACAAUUUCUAUUGACCAAUAGAACAGAAGGUUUCAAAGAAGAUGCAGUUGUCAAUGCAGCAUCAUUGGGUCAUAUUCCACUAUUAAAACUAUUUUAUCAAUAUAGUCCUCAUCUUGUUGCAAGUAUAAAUGUAUCGUAUGCAGCUUGUAAAAGUGGUAGUGUCGAGACUGUCAAAUACAUUGAUCAAUUUAGACAUUUAAUCGAUUACAACGAUGAAACAAACAAUAUUCAUAAUGUAACUACCAUGGAAUUCCAAGUUGCAACAAAUUAUGGUAGAUUAAAAGUAAUAGAGUAUCUUCAUGAAAAUAGAACCGAGACACUUGAUGAGAAUGGUAUUCAUCUCAUGGAACAUGCUUGUUAUAGUAGAAAUUUAGAUAUAGUAAAGUUUCUUCAUUAUAACAGAACUGAAGGGGCAACUGACAAGGCUAUUAAUUUGGCAAUAGGAAAUGGAGAUCUUGAAAUUGUACAAUUUCUUUUUACCAAUCGAGCCGAAAUCAAUGUUGCACAGGCACUGGAAAAAUCGUUACCUCAUAUUGAGGUUUUCAAGUUUCUUUACGCCCAUACACCCUACCACAACGCAACAUUGGUAUUAACAGAAGCAAUUCUCUAUUUUAACCAAUCAGCCAUUGAAUUUAUGUUAUGCAAUUUUGAUCAAAACAGAAUACAAAUUGUCGAAAGACAUUGGGACUUAUUAAAAUGCAGAGAUGGUGGUAGAUGGGAUCGCAUCAAACAACUUUACCUACAUCAUAAAAAUAAACAACUAUAA